AUGACUGUAACUCACAAGAUUAUUAAGAAACUAAUGAUGAGAGCAGUUGGGCAAAGAGACAUGAGUGUUCAGGAAGUAAUGACCAGCUGCUUUCUAUAUAAAACUUGUUAGUUCUUCAUUUCAUGUUAUGUCAACUUCUUUAGAUGGUUCUCGAAGAAUAACAGUUCAAAGCAAUUUACUUCACACUGAAAAGUCUCUUCUUGACUUAUAUGCUAAACGAGACACUUAUGAAUGGGAUUUUCCAGGCAUAUCCAAUCUGAACUUCAUACAAUUGUCGUCUUCAUUUUGCAAAGGAAAGUUAGGAAUAGCAAGAAGAAAAACUGAUGUUGUGGUAAAACUCACCCUAACUAUUCAUCAAACCUACAGGGUCCUUCAUAUGGCUUACUCUGCAAAUACCAGCUGCUAA